CUGAUAUUAUUAAACAAAAUCCUUCUAAUUUACAAAGACCUAUAGUAGUAGAUUGGAAUAAUGGUAAAGCUAUUAUUGCUCGUCCUCCAGAGAAACUUAAUGAAUUUUUGAAAGAGUUAGGAUAUUGGAAGGAUUGA